CCCAUUUGCUCCAGCGGGCGGAACGGAGCGGGGAUUUCGCCUCCGCAGUUGUCUGGACUGUCCGGCUCAGGAGCAUGAGCGGGCCCGGGCUGCCGCUGAGCGGUGGGGCGGCGGGGCUGCCUCCACUGCCCAAGAGUCUGAGCGGGUUGCUGAAUUCUUCUUCGAGCGGAGGCGGCGCGAGCGGAGCCGGAGGGCGCUGGAGGGACCUGGAGCGGCUCUACGCGCAGAAAUCUCGGAUCCAGGAUGAGCUGAGCCGGAGCGGAGGGGGCCGAGGGUCCCCGCGGCCGCCCAAGCCCCCCAAUCUGGACGCGGCGCUGGCCCUCCUCCGAAAAGAGAUGGUUGGCCUCCGGCAGCUAGAUAUGUCAUUACUGUGUCAACUCUACUCCCUUUAUGAAUCAAUUCAAGAAUACAAAGGUGCCUGCCAAGCUGUGUCAAGUGCAGACUGUGCGUAUGCUCUGGAAAAUGGUUUUUUUGAUGAAGAGGAAGAAUAUUUCUAAGAACACAGUACCUCUGCCAGGAGCAAAGUGUGGAGGAACGUUGUAGCUAUGAAACCAUCAGUGUCUACUAGGACUUUUAAGUGCAUCCCUGGUUUGUGUUAGAGGAAAGACACUCUGCAACCCAUUUAUUUCUGGCAUACUGUCAACCCAGGUUACACACUGUGCUAAUCCUUCUCCAGGAAAGCAACUUGCAACAAGCUUUGAAGUGUACUUAAGUGCGUUUGACUGGCCACAUCAGUCUAAUUUAUACACUGGGUGUUUCCAACUUGAACAUGUUGGCAAAUGCCUCUUUAUAACCACAAGUUGGAUUAUGCAAGAAAUCAAUGGACAGAUAAAGUGGUAGUUAAUGUUACUACCUAGAGUGUGUGCAGUUGUAAUUAUAAUGAACAAGAAUCUUGGCUAUUUUUUUAAAAAAAAUGAAAAGCAAGAACUAGGGAGUCUGUCUCUGCCAUAGUACAGUAUUAGAUGGACCUUCUUGCAGUGUCUUAGAUAUCCUGUAAGAGCUGCUUAUUGUAUCUUCUUUCUCUUCUGUCUUAAGACUUACAUGUGUUAGUGAAUUUAACCUUUCCUUCCAGUGAUCCAAUUCAUUUUCUCUUUUGUUACAGUCAGUAAACGUUAGCUAUUUAAGCCAAUUUAAUUGGACCUGUUUUGUAACACUUUAUAUAUUUUUACUUAAAUAUAAUAAAAACAAGUCAACAGUCUGUCUGUUAUUGUGUGGCUUAACAAGUUUACACAAUUAUUUAGGUAGCUUAUACAAACUAAACGAGUAGCAAAUAUGAAGAAAUUCCGCACAAACUCAGAUCAACAGCAAUAUUUUAUACGCAUUGAAUUGCCUGGAAGGUAAUCUGUGAACUUGUUUGUUACAAAUAAAAGAAAUCUGUACAAAGUGUUUGUAGAAUAUUAUAUAAUGUUAUAGCUUUUAUACUACCAUAAUUGAAAGAAUUAAAGCUUGAACGCUAAUUUAUUAAACUUUCUAAUAUUAA